AUGCUCGAAUGCUGGGUCUCUUCCCAAGACUUUGCCAAAAACGCUCGUUCAUCCCUUGUCAGCGUCGACAGCAGGCGAGGACGGACCAUGUUCCGUCCAGACUACGACACUACGACCAAGAAGCCCCUUCGAUUUACCCCGUGGAGAGAGCGAUUGUAUUUUUGGUACAAAGGGCAUUUGCUCUUUCUGCAAUGCACACAAAACGAGGUGGCGUUAUUUCCUCGCAAGACAAUGACUGUUUCUUGUGUUGGUGGUUCCUCGCAAAUUCUGCGAGAUCUCAUGGGUGAAUGCCGCCUUGAAUACCUGAAAAUCUCACAAGACAAAACUUCAAUAUUCGAACAUCAUAAUAAUGGCUGGAAAAGAACCAUGACCCGAGAAAUCAGGCCAAUCAAAACCGUCAUUAUGAAGGAAGAGUUCAAGCAAACGCUCCUGGACGACAUUCGCGCCUUUCUCGACCCCAAUUCUCGUGCUUGGUACGCCAGUCGCGGGCUGCCAUACCGAAGAGGUUACCUGCUGUACGGUCGCCCGGGGACUGGAAAGUCGAGCUUUAGUAUGUCUGUUGCCGGCUGCUUCGGUCUCGAUAUUUAUGUCGUUAGUCUUGCCGACAUCAACGAUAUGCGGCUAAGUGCCUUAUUCGCCGACCUUCCCCAGCGCUGCGUCGUUCUGCUCGAGGAUGUUGACGCAGUCGGCACUACACGAGCUCGAGAUGCUGAUAACGAUGAAUCCGAUCUGGGCUCAGACGCAUCACGUGGCUCAACAAAGUCUCAUGGAUCUCUUUCAUUGUCUGGAUUACUUAAUGUCCUUGAUGGCGUGGCUUCGCAGGACGGUCGUGUCCUUAUUAUGACAACGAACCACAUUGAGCACUUGGACGACGCUCUGAUACGACCUGGCCGCGUCGACAAGAAAAUCGAGUUCGGACUCGCCGAUGCUGAGGUGAUUCGGAAGCUGUUCUGCACUGUUUUCGAGUACUCGGAAAAGGAGUUGCCUGAUGCAGAGACCCGAGACAAGAAUAACGUAGGUGUGCAGCAGCUGGCAGUCAAGUUUGCGAGUGUCGUGCCGGAGUUGCAAUUCAGCCCCGCUGACAUCCUGUCGUUUCUUCUUGCAAACAGAGGCUCGCCAUCGAGUGUCUUGGCCGAUGCGGAAGGAUGGUUGGUUAAAAUCAGAAAGGCUGGAACACUGAGGCGGUGUGAUUCUUGGGGCCAAAGUGAUUGA